UAUAGUCUUUCAAACUUAGACGCAGAAAACGGAGUAGUAGUAUUUGCUUCCCUUUAAUAUCUCUAUUUCUGAUCUCCUAAUAUUUCAUACGGUUACACACAUAGGCUUUUUCUUCCUCUACACGCCUCAUCAAUCGAAGAACCGACUAGUGUUUCUCUUUCUCUACAACUCUUCAAUUUCCUGUCAGUAUAAAUUUUUUCAUUUUGGAUUCUUUAAUUAUCUGAGAAUUCAUCAAUACAAUUUGACAUAAACAAGGAAAAAAGGCAUAGCAGGGACUGAAUUAGGUUCUAUAAUGGUGGUAUUUUGAUUAUUAUAUUCUUUAUUGGGGUUUCAUUUAAAUUUUUUGGGUAAUUAACUGUUCUUUGAUAGCUUAUUGUUCUGAUUUGUGGGUAGUUGGAGGACCGAGUUUUGUUGUGGACUAUGUUUUUGUGAAUGGUGUCCUAUAUUGGUCUUUUUUGCUGAUUUUGAAAUCUAGGGUUUGACUAUAUCCUUUAGUGAGUAGCACUCUAUUCCACCAAAGUGUUAUGAAUGGCAUGAGGAGUUUUUUAUAGUCUAUUUUAGUUGAAGAAGGAAGCAUUUAAAGAGGCUUGUUGUUGAUGGUUUUUGAUAAGGUGAAGAGGAGUAUAUUAUGUUCUUAAUUGAAGGCAGGCGUUGUUGUGGUUGAAUAAAGUGAUUGCUGUUUGCAGUUUGCUGUAUAUAAUGUACAGAAUGAUUAAUCCCUAGUUGAAGUGAAUAGAAUGGUGGUCUCUUUUUGAAUUAUAGGGUUCUGAACAUUUUUUAUCGACCCUAUAGACAAAGGACUUUUGUUUCUAAAGCCAAUUCAUUGAGAAACUUGGCAGGGCAAAUUGGUACUUGAAACGAAGGCUUCUCGCCCUCGAGCCGGAUUGGCUAACCUUACCCACCCUUAAGGAGGUUUUUUUUAGAUAGUGGGGUGCUUCACUUUAGUUUAGUGUGAUUGCUUACAGGAAAAUGGUUUCGUUUCUAAAGGGAAUUUGGUAAGAAUUUGGGGCUAAUGGACAGCGGAGGUUCAUGCAACUUGGUUAAGCUCUUGGGCAUUUGGUCUAACGUUUUCAAGAGAGAAACUGGCCUUCUUGGGGGCAUGUUAGUGGUUUAGGUUGGCACCGGAGGUUGAUAGUAGGAGUUGCUCUGAAGGAAAGAGAGUUGUUUUUCCUUUUAUUCUUGUUUGGUUAAUGUUCAUUAGUAGUGUUAUGGAAAGAAGUGAGCCUACAUUAGCCCCGCAAUGGUUAAGGAGUGGUAGACAUGUGACGGGCUCUGUCACUGCAUCAUCCCCGUUGCAUUCAGAUGAUCCUGCCCCAUCAAAACUUGCAAAUAGUAGAUCACUGUCAACUAAUAUGAGCAAUAACAAGUUGAGGCAUCCUGCUGCAUCAGAUCGAGCCAUCUCAUCACAUACCCGAUGGAACUCUAAUAGUAGUAGCCCUAACUUGAGAUCUUACAGUAGUUUUAGAAGCCCUCGUCAUAGGAACAUGGAUAAAGACAUUAACAAGUAUCACGAGAAAUCAACUUUAGGAAAUCAUAGGUCAAGGGACCUUCCUGAUACUUCGAGGAAUCAUCGUUGGGAAAUAUUUGAGGAGGAAGGGUUAAGACGCUCACAGUCAAUGAUUUAUGGUAGAUUUAGUGAGAAAGGGCCUAAGAAUUUGGGAAUUGCUGGUAAAAUCGACCCAACUGACAAAAAUGGCCCGCUCGCUUCAGUUAAUAGUGUGGAUAAUGGCCCGCUCGCUUCAGUUAAUAGUGUGGAUAAUGCAAUUGACAGAGGCAUCCAGCCCCUAGUAACCGAAGAACGACAAGCAUCACCUGGCUUUGGAAGAGUCCGAUCUCCUGGUUUGGGUACCAUGCCUCAGGGUUUACCGAUAGGCUCAUCAGGCACUACUGGUAAUAAGUCGGCAUCUUCUCUGGCAGAUAUUACGGUAGUGGCUGGAAACAAUAACCCUGGCCUUUCUUCCGUGAAACAAGGUGCUUCUUCUGGACUUUCUUCUCCAAUUUCUAGCAAGGCUAUUAGCAGGGGUCUUAAUAUGGCUGAAACAGUCGCUAGGGGUCCUCCUUGUGCUCAGACUACUUCCCAGUUAUCCCAUGCAAAUCAGCGACUCGAAGAGCUAGCUAUGAAGCAAUCUAGGCAAUUAAUACCAUUGAAACCGUUGGUAAGUAAGGCCUCGGUGCCAAAUCCUUCCGACAAACCAAGAGCCAAGGUUGAGCAGCUGCAGCAAACUGUCUCAUCAUCUAUUCCUGUCAAUCACAGUCUCUCAACCAAGCUUAACAUCUUUAAGCCAACAAGAGAGAAUGUCGUUUCUUAUGGUGUGAACAGUAGCUUGAGCCCAAAUGCUCACAGCAAAAGGUCAAAUACCCUUCUUACUGCUCCCGCAUCUGCUUCCACACAGAGUCUAGCAAAUAAUGCUGCUUCCUUUACCUCUGAACGCAAGCCUGUUGGGUUAAUGGUGGAAAAAAAGCUGUCAUCCCAAGCUCGGAGUCGAAAUGAUUUCUUCAAUCUUAUGAGAAAGAAAUCUAUUGCAAGCAGUUCAGCUGUCAAUGGUGCAGGGUGUGCUGUAUCACCACCUUUAGAUAAAUCUGGUGUUUCAGAAGUUUUGACUGCGCCUGGUAUCCCUCAGGAUCAAGAUACCACAUUAUCUGAUGAGAGCCCAAGGGUUGAGAAAUCAACUGAGAUUUCAGGUGAAAAUACAUGCACUGAUGACUCUUAUGAGGAGAAGAAUAGUACCGACACGAGCUUUUCAAAGUCUGAUGCAAUAUUGUGUUCGGAAGAAGAAGAGGCUGCAUUUUUGCGUUCUCUCGGCUGGGAGGAAAAUGCUGAUGAGGGCGGCCUUACCGAGGAGGAGAUCAGCACCUUCUACCGAGAUGUUACAAAGUAUAUCAAUUCGAAGCUAUCAUUUAAAGUUAUGCAAGGAGUGCAAUCAAGAUUUCUUUUGCCUCUCCACUCCGGAAUUGGUGAUGUUGGUGGCAUUUCUUCUUGAUACAGCUCAACUUGAAUGAUAUACCAAAAAGGCUAUUGAAUUUUGUUAGUACUUUAUUAGAAGUGGCAAAAUUUUCUGAUCCUUGUUUUCGUCGUUCCAUAGAUUUUGGGGUGGAGAUUGAGGGAAGCAAUGAGAAUAGAGAGUGAGGCAAUGCUUAGUGUGUCUUUUAGGGAGUGAAUAGGAAUAAUCUCGGUUGUCUAGUUCUGUGGAUGGAUUCUGAUUGGCUUUGGCACCUUCAUACUUUACGGAUUUUCGACCUUCUAGCGAUCCUGUUCAUAUAAUCUAUGAUUUUGUUGGUCCAGGUCUAUAUGUAGAGCUGUUACGGAAAGUUGGGAAAGAAUUCCCCAAGGAUUACCCUUAUGUUAGUGUUAAAAUGUUAGUAUGCUUAACUCAGGUAGAAGAAAUUAUUUUGUUAAGAAUGUACCUGUGUCAACUUUAUUGUUUAGAAAAGAUUUCUGGGAUAAAUUUAAUGUUAUUUAAGAACUAAUGUGGA